AGCCCCGGAAUUAAACUCCAGAGGCCUAAGCCUCCGCCUUCUCCGGUUAUAUUGCCUGCAGCAACUCUAAACCAGGGAGCUCAAAGGCGCCGUAACGUUCACUCGAUCGGUUUCUUCUAUCUGUUAUUUUUAUCCUAAGAGUUGUGUACUUAACUUACCUGAAUAUCGACUGAGAUGGCGAAGGACAAACUGAAGAAAUCUCAUCCCGUAGCAGAUGAUGGUGAACCUGCUAAUGAACAUGUCAAAUCUGAUGGGAAAGAAAGGAAAAAAGCUAAGAAAAGGCAAGCUGAACUUGAUCCUGAUCUUCCAACCACAACGGUGGAGAUGAAUUUUGAUCAAGGUGAGGUAGCAGAUGGAGUCCUUGAUUUUGAUGUGAACGAACCCACAAUGGGAGAUAAACUUGCUAGUCUUACUUUGCAAAGCGAGAAUGACAAAUCCAGGAGUGUUAAGGAACAAGAAUCUUCUGGCCUAACCAUGCCUCCAAGUGCAAACUCAGUUGAUAUUUUGCUCAAGCAAGCAUUGCAUGCCGAUGAUCGUGCCCUAAUACUAGACUGCUUGUUUACACAAGAUGAGAAGGUUAUCCGAAAGACAAUUUCACAAUUGAAGACAUCGCAAGUCCAUAAAUUUUUUAACUUCCUUGUGUCCAAUGUUGCUGAGUCCAGGGGCGCUAUUAUGGCAUGUGCUCUUCCAUGGCUGAAGUUUCUGCCUCUACAACACGCGAGUGUUAUAACAUCCCAGGAAUCUUCAUUCCAAGAUUUGAAUUCUUUGAAUCAGCUGAUUGGCUCUAGGGUCUCCACAUUCAAAUCUGCCAUUGAAUUGUCAAGCGCCAUAGACCUCCUUUGCGCUGGAGAUAUUGAUGAGGCGGACGAAGGAGAAAAACCAGUGCCGGUUAUCUAUGAGGACCAGGAUAGUGAUGAAGAAUCUGACGACGCAAUGGAUACUGACCAAAAUAAUCAAGGUGAAGAACAAUCUGAUGAUGCAUUUGAGAGUGACGAGGACAUCAAAGGAGAUGAUGACAAGGACGAUGUCGAUGAUGUUACGAGUGAGUGAAGUGAACAUGGUGUUUUUUGUCUUUUUAAAUCUGUCAUGACUCAGUUCUAGCUGAGAGCAAUUGACCAUGCUGCUUGCAGUCGUGGUUGAAUUGGGAAAAGAGUGGCAUUGUGUCCAUUAGCCGCUGAAAGGCAUUCCAUAAUUUUGUAAUUGCUGUGUUUUCAAGUCAUAGAAUAGCCUGUUAAUUUACUUUUUUUUAAUGUAACACAGGAAGAGUGACAAAUUGAAUCUCUAGGCUGCGCGUUUGUAUUUAAAGCUCCACUUUGUUAGAGCUAUUAUUAAUUAUUACUCCAAAUCGAAGUAAACAGGUAAGUACUUUUUUU